AUGGAUAAGUUCUCAUCAGGGGUAGUUCCAAUUCAAAAGGGGGAUAAAUUUAACCUUAUGCAAUACCUGAAAAAUGAAUUGGAACGAGAGCAAAUGCGAAAUAUUCCUUAUAUAUCUGUAGUUGGGAGCUUAAUGUAUGCUCAAACUUGCACCAGACUAGACAAAAGCUUCGCUGUCGGGAUUCUUGGCAGAUAUCAAAGUAAUCCAUGGCUUGAUCACUGGAAAGCUGCAAAGAAAUUUUUCAAAUACUUGCAAGGAACUAAAGAUCACAUGCUCACUUACAGAAGAUUCGAUCAUCUUAAGGUGAUUGGCUAUUCAUAUUCAGAUUUCGCCGGAUGUGUUGGUACUAGAAAAUCAACAUUUGGCUACCUGUUCCUAUUAGCUGGAGGAGCAAUCUCAUGGAAAAGUGCAAAGCAGUCUGUCAUCGUUGCAUCCAUGAUGAAAGCUGAGUUCGUGGCUUGCUUUGAGGCCACUAUUCAUGGUUCAUGGCUACAAAAUUUUAUUUUAGGGCUUCGAAUUGUCGACAGUAUUGCUAAGCUGCUGAAAAUUUAUUAUGAUAACUCCACAGUAGUAUUCUUCUCUAAAAACGACAAGUAUUCCAAGGGUGCUAAACAUAUAGAAAUCAAAUACUUGGCCGUUAAAGAAGAAGUUCAGAAACAUACAGUGUCAAUAGAGUAUAUUAGCACCAACCUUAUGAUAGCAAAUCCUAUGACAAAAGAACUCCCACCCAAAAUAUUUAAUGAACAUGUUGAAAGGAUGGGUAUUUUGGGCAAUAUGUAA